AUGGCUUCCAACGGUGUUAACGGGGCCAACGGCACCGCCAAGCACUACAACGAGGGCAACUUCCUCUUCACCUCGGAGUCCGUCGGUGAGGGUCACCCCGACAAGAUCGCCGAUCAGGUCUCAGAUGCCAUCCUCGACGCUUGCUUGGCUGAGGACCCCCUCUCCAAGGUCGCCUGCGAGACGGCCACCAAGACCGGUAUGAUCAUGGUCUUCGGUGAGAUCACCACCAAGACCAAGCUCGACUACCAGAAGGUCGUCCGUGAGGCCGUCAAGGGCAUUGGGUACGAUGACUCGUCCAAGGGCUUUGACUACAAGACCCUCAACCUGCUCGUCGCCAUUGAGGAGCAGUCCCCGGAUAUCGCGCAGGGUCUCCACUUGGAGGACCGUCUCGAGAACCUCGGUGCUGGUGACCAGGGUAUCAUGUUCGGCUAUGCCACCGACGAGACCCCUGAGCUCUUCCCCCUGACCCUCCUCUUUGCCCACAAGCUCAACGCUGCCAUGUCGGCUGCCCGCCGUGACGGUUCCCUCCCGUGGCUCCGCCCCGACACCAAGACCCAGGUCACGAUUGAGUACAAGCACGACAACGGUGCCGUCGUGCCCCUCCGUGUCGACACUGUCGUCGUCUCGGCCCAGCACUCCGCCGAUAUCACCACCGAGCAGCUCCGCAAGGAGAUCCUCGAGAAGAUCAUCAAGGCUACCAUCCCCGCUAAGUACCUUGAUGACCGCACCAUCUACCACAUCCAACCCUCUGGCCUCUUCAUCAUUGGUGGUCCCCAGGGUGACGCUGGUCUUACUGGCCGUAAGAUCAUCGUCGACACCUACGGUGGCUGGGGUGCCCACGGUGGUGGUGCCUUCUCCGGCAAGGACUUCUCCAAGGUCGAUCGCUCUGCUGCCUAUGUCGGCCGCUGGAUCGCCAAGUCCCUCGUUGCCGCCGGCCUUGCCCGCCGUGCGCUCGUCCAGCUCUCGUACGCCAUUGGUGUUGCGGAGCCCCUCUCCAUCUACGUCGACACCUACGGCACCUCGCAGAAGACCUCGGACGAGCUCGUCCAGAUCAUCCGCAACAACUUCGAUCUCCGCCCCGGUGUCAUCGUCAAGGAGCUUGACCUGGCCAAGCCCAUUUACCUCCAGACCGCCAAGAACGGCCACUUCGGCACCAACCAGAGCUUCAGCUGGGAGAAGCCCAAGGCGCUCAAGUUCUAA